CAACUUGAUAAGCAGGAAAAAUGGGAAUUUCCUAUAUUGACUACAGAGGAAACGAAGUAAUGGUGAACGAAAGGGAAAACACGAAAAGCAUCAAAAUUAUCUACACCAUCUCCAUUUGCCCUGUGGCUGAUUCUCCGCCUUUACUUUUGCAUGAUUUCAUUUCCUUUAGACGAACAAAGCAUAACUGAAAAUUUAACUGUAUAUGAAUGACGGACGGUGAACUUGUAAUUUCAUAUAAACCAAUCUAUGCUUAGUUCACUGAUAUUGUUUUCAAUGGUCACACGGAUUCAGUUACCAGUUUAACAUACAACGACAAACUUGAACAUGUUGUUUCAGUGAGCUAUGAUCAUACACUGCGCAUCUGGUCUCUUGAGAAGAUGGAACAAGUCGGUAUCACUCCAAAACAUGCUACACAACUAAACAGUGUGAAGAUAGAUAGCUACGGGGGAAAGUAAAAGAGAAAUACCAUGGUAAUCUGUUACAGUAUUAUAACGGGUGGGAUGGACUUCAAAGCAUGCUCAUUUGAUUAUGACACUUUGAAGCUUAAGUUUUCUGUACUAAAUGGAGGUGCAGUCACAGACCACUCCAUCAAUAUGGAUGGUAGUGCUUUGGUGUGUGUGACUGAUAUCAGCUGUCACAUGAACUUGUGGGAUUUGAGAUCUCAAAAGAAAGUUUUUUCUAUAUCAAACAUUCACCAAAAAACACCAACAUCAUGUCAUUUUACUCCAAAUGGCAACUGUGUGAUCACAACAUCCACAGAUGGGUCUGCGAAAUGCAUUGACUUACGAUCACGUAGAACAUUGCUGACCUUGCGAGAUCAUAAAAAUGCUGUGUCAUCAGCAGCUAUCGCUAGAGAUGGGAAAUUACUCGCGACAACAUCGUGGGACAAAACCGUUUGUCUAUACGACAUCGAGACUGGAAUAUAUAGGAAAGAAGGACCAACGAUUUUAGCAAACGGUCAUACAGGGUCAAUAAGUAGCUGUGACAUAGACGACCGAGGGAUCUAUAUCGCUACAGGAGGUCAUGAUAAGUUCGUCAUGCUUUGGGAAAUUGAGAAGAAAGAAGUGAAACUAUGCCUCAAGAGGCACACGGAUUGGAUCAAUGACGUACAUUUGACAAAAGAUGGGAAAUGGAUAUUAACCGCAUCAAAAGACAGAUCUAUACGAUCAUGGAACAUGGAAGUAAUCGAAAGAUUACCGUUCAAUUACCUACCCGGGAAAGAGCAAAGUAUUUUAACAAUAAAGUGCCCUAACUGCGAAAAGAACUUUAUUCAAACUUCAACAAGCGACUGGAGAAAAAGACCAAGAUGCUUAUUUUGCGAUCUUGAUGCUAAAGUAAAUAAAUAAAAGGUAUCCAUAUGCAUAAACAAGAACUAACGGAUAUAUGCAGUAGUUAGCCUGUGUUAAUAUUAAAAUAAAAGACUUCA